AAUAAAAGAAAUUCCCCCUUCUUUUCAUCAUCUAUAGUUCUCCAAAAUCAAGAAGAAGCAAAAGGGGCUAAAUUUGCAAUUUUAGCCAGACCAAGAAUUUGCAAAAAUGGGCACUUUAGUGGGACAUGUAGCACCAGGAUUUGGCUUCUUUUUAAUUGGUAUUUGGCACUUGAUUAAUCAUAUUAGAUUACAUGCUUUGCACCCAAAAUCAUACACUUCUUUGCCUUGGUUCCCAACUCCAAGAAUUAGGUAUUUAGAACUUUUCUUGAUUAUGGGGGGUUGUUUGGCUUCAAUUUCAAUGGAACUUUUUAUUGGUCCAAAAAAACACCAACCUUUAGAUAUUGAUGGAACAAUCCCUUCUUACCAUCUACACAAUUUUGAACAUUCAAACAUCUCCUUAACUUUCUUUGUAUAUGCACUUUUCACCAUAAUCUUUGACAAAGUUACACUUCCACCCCAUGCAAAAUAUGGGAUGACACAAUUUCUUGGAGCUAUUGCUUUUGGUCAACAACUUUUGCUUUUCCAUCUUCACUCUGCUGACCAUAUGGGAGUUGAAGGACAAUACCAUUGGCUUUUACAAAUAGCCAUUUUUGUGUGUUUAGCCACUACUAUUUUGGGAAUUCAAUUUCCUAAGAGUUUCUUGAAUAGUUUUGUGAGGUCUCUUAGCAUUAUGUUCCAAGGGAUUUGGCUUAUGGUCAUGGGGUUUAUGCUUUGGACACCAAAAUUCAUUUCAAAAGGUUGUUUUAUCAACUUUGAAGAAGGUCACAGAGUGGUUAGAUGUGAAAGUCAUGAAGCACUUGAAAGGGCAAAAUCUUUAGUAAAUAUACAAUUUAGUUGGUAUUUAGUUGGGAUAACAAUAUUUUGUGUCACCAUUUACUUGAUUUUAAUCAAGAUUUUCCAAGAGAAAGUUGAGUACCAAUCUUUGGAUAGCAGAUUUGAGGAACAAGAAGAUGAUUUGGAGGAUGUUGAGGCUCAAGAGAGUAGCAAAAAUGGUGUCGAGUCAAAUAGGUUUCUUGAAAUGGGAAAAAUGUUCGCGUCUUCUUUAGACAUGGAAAGAUGAAAAGGAGAGAAAUGAUAAUUGAAAACGCUAUUAAAAAUGGAAACUUUUUGAUGGACUUUUGACAAAAAAAUUCGUUGAAAUUUGAUUCGUUACUAAUAUUCUUAUCAGAUUUCUGAUCGAUUCUAUAUGAGUCAUUUCCAUUUUUUAAAAAGUGUGAAAGAUAUUUGUACAAAAAUAAAGAUUUGGUUAGAUGGGGUGUUUGUUAAUUUGUUCAUUUUAUUAUUUUUGUUUUGAUUAAGGCCACAAUAAAAUAAUUGUUGGCUUUGUGUAAUAAAAAAAAAAAAAAAGAAGAGGGAAUUUGGUUCAAAAUUUGUGUGGUUUGUAUUGGUGGCUUGUUAGGGGCAUAAUACUAAAUGUAAGAAAAUUUUUGUAUAGAUGGGGAAGUUGUUUAAUUUGUAAUUAAAGGUCUCUUAUUCAGUUUAUUUAUUAUGAAAAUCAUGUA